AUGACCAAUGUUCGACCACCACUACUACCUAAGGGUUGUGAGGAUAUCAACCACCACACCGAUUAUCAAACAUUUAAAAGAAAAUGGGGUCUUGAUCCAUGGUUUGAGACUUUAGACAGGAAGGAUCGUGAAGCUUUAUUAAGGCUACUGUGCUCCAUCAUCACCAAACAGUGGUGUGGAUUUUCUAGGACUCUUGCCAUCCGUUCAUCACCUCCCUACCACAAGACAUCUUACAGUUUUGCCCAAUCCACCCAUGUUUUGGUAGGUGCGUUUGAGUGGAGUGACAAUGUUUAUUGGUUUUUCACUGGAUACACAGAGGAUCAUGAGGGAAAAGUAGAAUUUAUUACUGGUAAAACUAGUGUCAAGGAUGCUAUGGAUGGAGUAAUCAAAAUUUUCACUGUUGCAGUAGCUAUUGUUUAUGUUGCAGUGCCAGAAGGGCUUCCAUUAGUUGUCGCUUCAACAUAA